ACUGCCGAUAACUGGCAGCUGAUGAUCAGUGAACUGAUUAUUAGUGCUCUACAGUGCCGCCCAGCAGUGCCACUCACCAUUGCCUCCUACCAGUGCCCAGCAGUGUUGCCCGGCAGUGCCGCAACGCCUCCCGUCAGCUUUGCUUAUCAGUGCCCAUCAGUGCCGCCUAUCAUUGACCAUCAUUGCUGCAUAUCAGUACAGCAUCAUCAGUGCCUCCUCAUCAAUGCCCACCAGUGCUGCCUCAUCAGUGCCACCUCAUCAGUGCAGCCUAUCAGUGCCCCUCAGUGCUGCCUAUCCUUGCCACCCCAUCAGUGCCCAUCAGUGCUGAAAAUCUGUGCCACCUCAUCAGUGCCCAUCAGCGCUGCCUAUCAGUGCAGUCUCAUCUAGGCACAUCAGUG